GAGUGUUUGAGCUCUCUGCCUGCAGCACCCAGAAGUGAACAGUAGGCGACCCGGAAGGUCUGAACUCCGACUGAACGCGAGCUGAAAGAAGAUCUUUACCUUUUUUUUUUUAUAUAUAUAUAAUAAAACUACACUGAAGCAGGAUUGAGCCAGUGGGCAUGGCCGAGCCACGGUUUAAUAACCCGUACUUCUGGCCUCCGCCUCCUGCGAUGCCUAGCCAGCUGGACAACCUCGUCCUAAUUAACAAGAUCAAAGAGCAGCUGAUGGCUGAGAAAAUCAGACCUCCACACCUGCCCCCUACUUCAGUCCAAUCCCAGCAGCCCUUGCUGGUUCCUCCGACGCCUGUAGAAGGCGGGACUCACAGCAUGGCCGUAUCCAAGCUACAGCAGAUGCCCGGCCUUCCUCCUCAUAGCCCGACACAGCCCGAUGUGGCCCUGCACGCCCGACCGGCGUCCAGCUCCGUAGCAGGACGCAUUCUCGGUGACGUGAACUUGAACCUGGACGAUAAGGCAGCCUUAAAAGCGAGAGGACUUUGGGAAGACUGGCAUUUACGACAGAUUAUAGACCAACCUUCAAGAGCGAACCAUCUGUCAGGUAUAGCGCUGUCAUCUCGCAAUCAGAACACGACUGAGGCUAUGACACCCACAUCGUCUAGCAGCAGCCACGUACGCCAUGGAUCUGCACCUUCCGCAAACCUCCUCUCAGGGUUGGCCGGCACCGUCGGAGCAGAUCCGAUGAAAAACAGCGGGGGGCUCGCGGGACUGCUGGGACCGCCCCCGAAAAGCGGAGGACGCGGCCGCAAGAAGAUCAAAGCAGAAAAUUCGUCGGGUCAUCUCCUGGUCGUACCCUACCCCAUCCUGGCUUCGGGAGCUGACCAGUCGUCUGUAACAAUCGCAGCCAAAGAGGGCAAAUCAUACAGGUGUAAAGUGUGUCCGCUGACUUUCUACUCCAAGUCAGACAUGCAGAUUCACUCCAAAUCCCACACGGAGGCCAAGCCGCACAAAUGUCCUCACUGCACCAAGUCGUUCGCCAACGCCUCCUACCUGGCGCAGCAUUUACGCAUCCAUCUGGGGGUGAAGCCUUAUCACUGCUCAUACUGCGAGAAAUCCUUCCGCCAACUGUCACAUCUACAGCAACACACCAGAAUCCACACGGGCGAUCGGCCGUAUAAAUGCAUCCAGCCGGGCUGCGAUAAAGCUUUCACACAACUCUCCAACCUGCAGUCUCACCAGAGGUCACACAAUAAAGACAAGCCUUACAAAUGCUCCAACUGCUACCGCGCCUACUCCGACUCGGCCUCUCUGCAGAUCCACUUAGCCGCUCAUGCUAUCAAGAACGCCAAGGCCUACUGCUGUAGCAUGUGCGGUCGCGCCUACACCUCCGAGACGUAUCUAAUGAAGCACAUGUCUAAACACACGGUAGUGGAGCACCUGGUGACGCAACACUCGCCGCCCCGGAACGAGUCUCCCAGCAUCCCCCUCCGCAUCUCCCUCAUCUGAACCUGGUCAGUUCCUCCCCCUCCUCCUCCUCCUCCUCCUCGGAUCACCACGUCCUGGUGGCGUGUUCGUUUCUUCGCUUCAUCGUUCCAUGGGUUCUGGGAAUACGUACUAAAAUGUGUUAAACACCUCACGCCGAAGGAGUUGUCAUUUUUAUUCGCACUAUCGCUCGCUCUGCCUCUACCUCGGCGUGGAGUCAUCGAGAGUCGGUUGAGGAAAUAAGCAAGGACAUCCAAAGACAGUUUUUGCAGCACUUUCAGGCCUCGAGGCUAAAGGGGAAAAAAAAAAUUUCAGUCUAAUUGUUGGACAGUAAAAAGGCUAUAGUUCUUGGCAGCUAUGUUUUUUUUUUUUUAAAUUUUGACAUUAGAUGUUAUGCAGUUAAAAAACUGUCUUGUUUACAUCCGGUGGUUAUAAACUCGUAUGCUGAGAUCUUUUAGAGCACGGACCAAGUCCAACAUCGUAUUCUGAAAAUUUCCUAACUUGGAUUGAAAGUCAUUCCUUUUUUAAAUACUGUUUUUUUUUUUUUUUUUUGCGCUUAUUCUUAUCGAGCUACAGCCCUAUCUAAAGGUUGUAGAGUUAAACGAAUAAUAAAAAAAAAGACGUGCCAAAAACACACACAUACAAAAAAAAGAUGCUGGUCUCUCAACUCCGGUGUACAUAAUCACUCGAGCCCACUGCCGCUGGUGUAUAAAGUUAAUCACGAGGUUGGAGUUUAGUCUCCACCGCAUUCGUCUGCUUUUCUACAGCACUGUGCAAACGUCUCGGCGUAGCUCUUUAUCUGGACGCAAACACUACGGGACGUCAGGACGCUGCGAGAGUCCGGUGUUUCAGAGGAUUUCCCUCGAACUGUCUGCUCCAGAGUGUUUUAUUUCUCUUAUACCACUGCGGUUUUACUACAGAACAAGUUUCCCUUUAAAAUAAUAUUUAAAAAAAAGAGAUUAAAGAACAAAUUUAUCCAUUUUAACAUUGUGGGAGGGCUACAGAACGUUAGACGAGACGGAAAAGAGGAUUUCUCUUCAAGGCUCUCUAGCUGUGUGUUGAAUUCCAGCCCAAUAUGAUCUAACUAAUUCUAAUUUAUUUAUUUAAAAAUAAUAAUAAAAGUCUGGGGGUCACGGUGGCUUAGUGGUUAGCAUGUUUGCCUCACACCUCCAGGGUUAUGGGUUCGAUUCCCGCCUCGUGUGUGUGGAGUUUGCAUGUUCUCCCCGUGCCUCGGGGGUUUCCUCCGGGUACUCCGGUUUCCUCCCCCGGUCCAAAGACGUGCAUGGUAGGUUGAUCGGCAUCUCUGGGAAAUUGUCCGUAGUGUGUGUGAGUGUGUGAGUGAAUGAGAGUGUGUGUGUGUGUGUGUGUGUGCCCUGUGAUGGGUUGGCACUCCGUCCAGGGUGUAUCCUGCCUCGAUGCCCGAUGACGCCUGAGAUCCCCGUGACCCGAGAAGUUCAGAUAAGCGGUAGAAAAUGAAUGAAUUGAAUGAAUAAAAGUCUGCGGAGAUGCUUAUUAUAAACCCUGGCGUGCCUCGAAGAGAGUCGUACUUCAAUUCGACAUGUAAACGUUUUCCCCAACUUUAUUUUAAAACUAGCGCUCAGAAAAACAUCUGUAAGAGAAACUACGGGAGAAAGGAAAAAAAAACUCCUAUUUAAAGUCUCUGCCCAAAAUUUUAAAGCCAUCAGCAAUCCUCCUUCCCAGAUAAAAAGCUUUAAACACAUUCUGCUCAGGUGGGCUGAAACGUUUGCACGGUCCCCUACGGUUCUCUCGCGUCAGCGCGUCACGUCAGCGUGUGUACAUACGUUUAUGUUUAAAGUGCGUCUAACUUCACGUAUUAUCACGUCUAAGUAUUAAUGAUAUAAUUUUCUAUACAGUCAAGCCUUAAAUAUUUUAUCACUAAUAGUUUCGUAUCCACGUCUACCAUAUUGGUGUUCUCAUUUUAUUCAGUACUGUACGCCUUUUCUUUUCUUUUCUUUUUAAUCUCCUAGCAUGAUCUAUUCUGUAAAUAAUCUAUAAAAUACUUGUGUUAACCCUUUAUAUAUAUAUAUAUAUAUAUAUAUAUAUAUAUAUAUAUAUAUAUAUAUAUAUAUAUAUAGAUAUAUAUAAUAAAAAUCUAGUUAUUACAAUUUUUUUUUAUUUGUCUUGCAUUGUGGUACUAUGAAAAGUUUCUUGGCUGCUAUAAUAUGCAAAGUCGAGACUUUAGAAUGGACUUAUAAGAAAAAUAAAUCUGAAAAAAAAUCUGCAA